AUGGCGUCGCCUGCACCGCCUGAUGCUACGAUCAUAGACGGCAAGAGAUACAGACAGGUCCGUGAAGGACUUGCCUCAGUGCUUGCUCCGUAUGCUGAAGACAUUGCGACGUCUACCAAGCGUAACAAGAACAAUGACAGCAAACAAACUCAGCUGUUGACAACUCAAAGCAGGAACAAUGACGAGGGACACCAGGCAGUGUUCUACAACCCAAUCCAGCAGUUCAAUCGAGACUUGACUGUGCUUGCAAUCACUGUCUACGGUGAAGGCGCCUUGCUAGAAACACAGUCCAAGUUCAAGCGGAAAGCCGAGCACAACAAAAACAAGAGGGAUGAGCGACGAGCGAAGAACCUGGCCACCAAUCAGCUGGACAGGAUUGCUGAAAAUGGGCCCGCACAACUAAAUGCACGGAAGCGCAAGGCAGACGAUAUCGAAGACCCGCACGAGGACAACACGGUCCUAGCACCUACGAAGAAACCCAAGGCAGACACCGAUGAACAAGACGACGAGGAAGAACUACCCGUUGCCGAGCUGAUUGCUCACCCCAGUGGCGAUCCGCACAAUCAGACUGAACAGCCAAAGCAGAAUGGGCAUCCGCAAGCCACCGAAGACGGCGUCAAGUCGAAAGCCGCGAAGAAACCGGAAGUGUCUUUCUCGAUCCUGGAUGCCUUAUCAGCGACGGGUCUGAGAGCUUUGCGGUACGCCAAAGAAAUACCAUUUGCCACAGACAUCGUCGCGAAUGACCUCUCCCAAGCGUCGGUUGAGAGUAUUGAGCUAAACAUCAAGCACAACCAGGUGGAAGAUAAAGUUCGGGCGAAUCUGGGUGAUGCUCGAGCUUUCAUGUACAGCAAGGUUGGAAACGAACAUUCAAGAUCUGUUAAAGGAUACGUCCAUCGAUUCGAUGUCAUCGAUAUCGAUCCAUAUGGUACGGCGGCUCCUUUUUUCGACUGCAGUCUCCAGGCGAUCCGAGAUGGCGGAAUGCUCUGUGUCACAUGUACCGAUGCCGGAGUAUUUGCGUCUAGCGGAUAUCCCGAAAAAACUUUCGCAUUGUAUGGCGGCAUGCCGGUCAAGGGGGCACAAUCUCACGAGGGUGGCUUGAGGUUGAUACUCAACGGCGUGGCCGUGUCAGCCGCAAAAUACGGCCUGGCGAUAGAGCCACUGCUGUCACUCUCCAUUGACUACUACGCUCGCCUGUUCAUUCGCGUGCAUCGAAAGCAGCAAGACGUCAAGCUUCUUGCAGGUACGACCAUGACCGUCUACAACUGUGGGCACGGCUGUGGAGCAUGGGUCACGCAGCCUUUGCUUCGGAAUCAGCCGCAGACGUCCAAGAAUGGGGACACCUUCUACAAAUUCUCGGCCGCACAAGUGACUGCCAAGAGUCCGAGUUGUGAGCACUGUGGCUCCAAAAUGCAUCUGUGUGGACCGAUGUGGGCAGGCCCUAUGCAUAACUCCUACUUCGUACAGAAGAUGCUCGAGAAGCUUCCUUCCCUAGACAAAACCGUCUAUGGUACCAUCGACAGGCUUGAGGGGAUGCUCACGCUGGCCCUCGAGGAGGACCUUAGUCUUGAGCUUUCCUCAAAUGGAAAUGCGAGUCCUGCGGACGCGAAGGACCCAUCAACAACGGACCCGCGGACUAUACCACGGCUGGCGACAAACAAGCCAGACCCGGCUCCCUUUUUCUUCAUGCCUACAUACUUGGCCAAGAUCCUCCAUUGCGCUACGCCUUCUGAGUAUGCAGUGCGCGGUGCGCUCCUCGGGCUGGGUUACAGGGUUUCUAGGUCACACUGCAAAGCCGGCAGCAUCAAGACCAACGCACCCUGGGGAGUGCUAUGGGAAAUCAUGCGCGAAUUCGUGCGGACCAAGAGUCCGAUCAAGGAAGGAGCUGUAAAGCAAGGCACGCCCGGUUGGAAUGUCCUAGCAAGGCUGAGAGGAACAGAAAGAGCACUUGUGUCAGACCUGAAAGAUAUCACGAAGACUCAACUUGCCAAGUGCGAUAGCAAGGAAGAUCUGAAAGUCGUGCUGCAGGGCAUGCUAUAUAGGCUCGAGAACGAGAGGGGCACCGCCGACAAGGACAACAGGGAAUCAUCUGCACCGAAAGACGUCAGCGACGAGACAGUAGGUCCUGAUCAGGGAGGAGGUAGCAUGGACCGAUCCCAAUCAAGAAGUCCCUCCCCCUCGACAACGUUGGCACCAAGCAACCUGACUAUUAUCUUUGACGAAAAGCUAGGCAAGGAGAAGCCUCGAGGCAAAUUGGUGAGGUAUCAGAUGAACCCAAGGCAGUUUUGGGGUCCGAUGAACCGGGCGGGCAGUGCUUUAUGA